CACGGGAUGUGCCAACAUGAUCCUCAUGGCCCUUCUCUGGCUUCUCUACCUCUCGCUGGUCAACGUGGGACAGAUCUGGUAUUCCUUCGUGCAAGACGCCUUGAUCUGUCCUGAGAAAGAGGAGGCUGUCACCCCUCAUCGCCGCGGCCGCAAUCGAUGCUGAAGUGAGCAACUGCAUGGAUUGCAGCUCAUUGCGAAGUUUUUCUGAUGUGAAGUUUUCUUGCUUGGAAAUGAUGGGAAUCUCAGCUCCUGGAAACAGGGUUUUUGGGAAUAUUCCUGUGCCCUCUCUGGACUCUGUCUCGACUGCCCGAACACACCCCGCCUUCCAAAAUCGUCAUCUGGGGAUUUCGAUGGCUUAUUUUCAGAAUCAUGCUUGGAGCGGGCUUGAUUAAAAUCCGAGGCGACCGCUGCUGGAGGGACUUGACCUGCAUGUAUUAUCAUUACGAGACCCAACCUGUGCCCAACCCAGUUGCCUAUUUCAUGCACUGGUCGCCGUGGUGGUUUCACCAGUUUGAGACCUUAUGCAAUCAUUUGGUGGAGCUGAUCGCGCCCUUCUUGAUCUUCAUGGGACGUCGCAUGUGCAUCCUCAACGGCAUCUUGCAGAUUCUUUUCCAGGUGCUCCUCAUUAUAAGUGGGAACCUGAGCUUCCUCAACUGGCUAACCAUCGUGCCCAGCAUUGCUUGCUUCGAUGAUGCCUCCUUGGCCUUCCUGUUCAGCUCCAAAGAGGGAGGGCUGAAGGACCGAGUGCUGAAGAUGCAAGCCAGGCGGGCAGCGGGAGAGAGGCGUCCUUUGAGAUACGGCUGCUGCAUCCGCAAAGCAGUGAACGCCUCGUUCGGGGUCUUGAUCGCCUACCUCAGCAUCCCCGUCAUCCUGAACCUGCUCAACUCCAGACAAGUCAUGAACACCUCCUUCAACCCGCUCCGGAUAGUCAACACAUACGGGGCUUUUGGAAGCAUCACUAAAGAGAGGACAGAGGUCAUCAUUCAAGGCACAUCCAGCUUAAACCCUAAUGAUCCCACCGCUGUUUGGGAGGAAUACGAGUUUAAAUGCAAACCCGGGGAUUUAAAGAGGAGGCCGUGCCUCAUAACACCCUACCACUAUCGUCUGGACUGGCUGAUGUGGUUUGCUGCUUUCCAGACCUACGAGCAGAACGAAUGGAUAAUCCAUUUGGCUGGAAAGCUGCUGGCCAACGAAGAGGAGGCGUUGUCUCUGAUGGCGUUCAACCCGUUUGAAGGCAAAGCACCUCCCCGGUGGGUCAGAGGCGAGCACUUCAAAUACAAAUUUAGCCAGCCAGGAGGCAAGCACGCCGGCGAAGGGAAGUGGUGGAUUCGGAAGAGGAUUGGGCCGUACUUUCCACCAGUCAAUCUCCAGGGUCUGAAGAGGUUUUAUGAAGACAGGAACUGGCCGUACCCAGCGCAGAAUUGAUGAGAGGAGAGUCGUAACCACUGCUAAAGGACAAAAGCCAUUCGUUUCCAUUGAGCUUGUGUUUCUCACUUCUUCCUGAAUUUUUAUAUAUCCAUUUGAUGGUUCCUUGCCAGGCUGUUUCUCAACUGUCAUGUCCUGCCUGGCUUGGCCUCUCUUUGUCACUCUGUCCAUCAUUCUUUCCAUCUAUCUUCCUUCCUGUUCUGUCUUUCUGAUCUCUUAGGUACGUUGCUUGCUCGAGAGGGGGCCCAAAUUUUGCCAAAUUCUCGGUUGCAGCAGUGAGCUGAGACAAAACCGUUGGCAGCCGGCACGUCGUGCCAUUACAUUAGCUCUGAGAUCUGGGUUUACUCAGAUUCAGGUAGGUAUAAUGAUAACAGGUUUAAAUUUUAUGACGUGUGAUCCAGGAAAAAACAAACGUGGCUCCUUUCUCACCUCUAUCUACCUUGCAAACUGUCCGGCCCCAAUUCUUUUAUGUUAAGUGAUUUAAAUCGACCUAACCGAGCUCAGACUUUAUCUUCAGGGUGAUAUAUGGUAUGUUAGGAGAUGCGCUGUCCUUCCAGUCUGGAGGUGGUUGGUGUUUGGUGUCCUGCAGGCGAGGUUUGCAGAGGUUUUGCUGCGUGCCAGUCUCGUUCCGAGCCCUCCGAAUUCAUAGUGAACGCGGCCAACUCACCCCAACUUAAUUUGGAGCAUGCUGUGGAUUCGUGUUUGGCUUGGGUAUCCCUUCAGGCACAGGUUAAGAAAGGUGGAAGCUUCUAAAUCCGAAGACGGCUUAAGGGUUUUCUUUCAAAAGGGGCUUAUGCUUGCUCGCAGCUUCCCCGCAGAGGGCUCUAGACAUUUUGCAGCACUUCAAGGAGCGUGCUAAUAUUUCCUUCGGCACUCCCCGUUGUUGUGCUGGGGUUGUUUUUUCUCCCCCUCUAAGCAAAUGUCUAGCCCCCUGGCGAACAAGCUUAUUAACCCCGGGAAGGUAUCAAGCAAGCAGACUGAGAGUAACACCAAACAGACUUGCCAAGGGACUCCACCCACGCAGCAGAUAUCCUCCUGCAUCUCUCGUCUCCAGACUGUUCCCAGGCACAGAUGGGUUGUCUUCUCCCUGCCGUCACAAGCACCUGCAUCCUCUGUUUCUUUUGCAUGAUCUCCUCUGUCAUCAAAGCCUGUUGCUCUGUUCUUCAUCUCCUAGCUGGUCUGAGCCAAGAUCCUCUCUAAUUCAGCCUGACGUUAGGGGCUGGAGGUGUGAAUCACUGGGGGAGGCUCGGUGUUAUGGAGGCGGUCGGAGCGUGGGGAUGUCACGGUCCCUUCUGGCUUGGAAAGCACUGCGAAGGGCAGGUGUAUUGCUCACCUUGCAAUGUGACACUGAUGCAUGUUCUCUCUGUAUAUUCUCAAGUCUCUAAAAGCAAGCCAACUUCCAGUGACUUGGCAGGGACACAUGGGGGGAGAGGAGAAAACAGCCUCUCCCCACACAGGGAACCACAUGCAAAAAGGGUUGCAUUGGUACUAAGACAUGCCAGCCUCUACUGCACCUCUGCCAGCCACAGGUAGCAGUCAGAGGUCAAUGUUUCUACUUCUCUGCUAAGCAUCGUUGCUCCGAAACACAUCACGAUGUCCACAGAUUGCAGUAGUGAGACACCGCGCUCCUAUUCAAGGCUCGCCCUGGGCCGUAGCGGGGUGGAAUGACUUUACGGUGGCAGGAUGGUUGCUGCCAGCUGUGGUUGCAUGGUGGGUAUCAUCCCUGUUAAGUGCUCGGACGUGGUGACAUUAAACAUUCACGAGUAAACUUUA